AUGUCGGACCUCACUACAGUUUACACUAAGGAUGCUGCUUUCCCAGCAGGACCUUACUCCCAGGCUAUCAAGACUUCAUCUACUGUAUACUGCUCCGGACAAAUCCCCUGCACACCCGAAGGCGAAAUCCUCACUCUCGAGACCUCCAGCAUUUCUGCCAUGACCGAACUCUGCAUCAAGAACCUAUCUGCCGUUCUCAAAGAAGCUGGAAGCAGCAUCGAGAAGGUUGUAAAGGUCAAUGUGUUCCUGACAACCAUGGAUAAUUUUGCGGAGAUGAAUGGAGUUUACGAAAAGCUCUUUAAGCACAAGCCUGCUAGAAGUUGCGUUGCCGUAUACCAAUUGCCAAAGGGAGUUCCGGUCGAGAUCGAAUGUAUUGCUUUGGCUUAA